AACCAGUUUGCUGCCAUGAAAUCUGAGCAAAACCCCAAGGAAACCAUGAAAGCUAUCACUCUCAGGAGUGGUAAGGAGUUACCUCAGAGAACUCUCACCAAGGAUGCUGAGAAACAAAGUGAGGGGGUUGCCAUCACCAUUGAUGAGGAAGUGGUGAUUGUUGAUGAGAAGAUCAAUGACGAGAUCUUGGAAAAGAUAGUGGAAGCAAAAGGAAAAGGAAAGGUUGGAGAAGAGAAGAAAACAGUUAAGGAUGGUGAAGUUGUCACUCCUGCAAGCGAAAACUCUUUUGUUCCUCCUGCCUAUGAACCCAAGCUUCCAUUCCCAGGUCGAUUCAAGAGGCAGCUGCUAGAGAAGUACAAAGCUUUGUUUGACAAGCAAAUGAGUGAAGUCCAGGUCACAAUGCCCAUUAUUGAUGCUUUCAUGCUGAUUCCUCAAUACAGCAAGUUCUUGAAAGAUGCUGUAGCUGCAAAGAAGAAAGAGAUUGAGGGCAUGGUGAUUCUCACUCAUGAGUGCAGUGCUAUCAUUCAGAGACUAGUCAUUCCAAAGAAGCUAGAAGAUCCAGGAUGCUUCACAUUACCUUGUGCUCUUGGACCUAUGGUAUUUGAUAGAUGUCUCUGCGAUUUGGGAGCUAGUCUCAGCUUGAUGCCCCUAUCUGUUGCUAAGAAGCUCGGCUUCACUCAGUACAAGAAGUGUAGACUUUCUCUGGUAUUGGCUGAUCGUUCAGUGAAGUACCCUGUGGGUAUCUUAGAGGACCUCCCAGUGAUGGUUGGAAAUUAUGAGAUCCCUACAGACUUUGUGGUGCUUGAAAUGGGUGAAGAAGCUCAAGACCCUUUAAUCCUUGGAAGGCCUUUCUUAGCCACAGCAGGAGCUAUUGUUAAUGUGAAAGAAGGCAAGAUUGAUCUCCAUCUGGGUAAAGGGCACGUUCUCCAUUUCGACAUCAAGGAAGUAAUGAGGAGGCCAACAGUUCAAGGGCAAGUGUUCUACAUUGAAGAGAUGGACGCCCUUGCUGAUGAACUCCUUGAAGAGUUGUCACUAGAGGACCCUCUACAGCAUGCUUUGACUGUAGAGAAAGAGGCUGAGGUAAUUGAGAACCUGGAGAGUGCUGCCUAUGGGCUGAUGCUGGAUUCACACCAGGGGUUUUUCAGUAAGGAUCAGUACGAGGAGCUUCCACAGAUGGUUCACCAAGAAGUCUCAGUCACUCAACAAGAGGACACCCAGCAAGAUGACUGGAGUGAGCUUAAGGCACCUAAAGUGGAGCUUAAACCUCUCCCCCAUGGUGUAAGGUAUGCAUUCCUUGGUCCUAAUGAAACUUAUCCUGUCAUUGUGAGUAGUGAACUUACUGAAACUGAGCUAUCUGAACUUUUGAAAACGCUUAAAAGAUUUAGAAAGGCAAUAGGUUACUCACUGGAUGACAUCAAGGGAAUAUCACCCUCUUUGUGCAUGCACAGGAUACAUCUUGAGGAUGAAUCAAUGACUUCUAUCGAGCAUCAAAGAAGGUUAAAUCCUAACCUGAAGGAUGUUGUAAAGAAAGAGAUUCUUAAACUCCUAGAUGCUGGUGUUAUUUACCCUAUCUCAGAUUCUAAAUGGGUAUCACCUGUGCAUGUUGUACCAAAGAAAGGUGGUAUCACUGUGAUUAAAAAUGACAAGGAUGAAUUGAUACCAACAAGAACCAUCACAGGUCAUAGAAUGUGCAUUGAUUACCGAAAACUAAACUCUGCAUCUAGAAAGGAUCAUUUCCCAUUACCAUUUAUUGAUCAGAUGCUUGAGAGACUUGCAAAUCACCCAUUCUAUUGCUUUCUUGAUGGGUACUCAGGAUUUUUCCAAAUCCCCAUACAUCCCAAUGAUCAAGAAAAAACGACAUUCACAUGUCCCUAUGGUACCUUUGCAUAUCGAAGGAUGCCAUUUGGUCUAUGUAAUGCUCCAGCCACCUUUCAAAGGUGCAUGAUGUCAAUUUUCUCUGAUCUGAUUGAGGAUGUUGUGGAGGUAUUUAUGGAUGAUUUCUCUGUCGACGGAUCUUUGUUUUCUGCUUGUUUGUCAAAUUUGUGCAGGGUCCUACAGAGAUGUGAAGACACCAACCUUGUGCUGAAUUGGGAGAAGUGUCACUUCAUGGUCAAGGAAGGGAUUGUGCUGGGACACAAGAUUUCAGAGAAGGGGAUUGAGGUGGAUAAAGCCAAAAUCGAUGUUAUGGUUGGUCUGCCUCCACCAAAGACAGUGAAAGACAUCCGGAGUUUUCUUGGUCAUGCUGGAUUCUACAGGAGGUUCAUCAAGGAUUUCUCCAUGAUCACUAGACCUUUGACCAGGCUGCUGUGCAAGGAAGCUACUUUCAGUUUUGAUGUGAAAUGUCUACAAGCUUUCAAGAAGCUGAAAGGUGAACUCGUUAGUGCCCCAAUUGUCCAGCCACCUGAUUGGAAUCUCCCUUUUGAGAUCAUGUGUGACGCCAGUGACUAUGCUGUGGGAGCUGUUCUGGGGCAGAAGAAAGAUGGAAAAACCCAUGUGAUCUACUAUGCCAGCCAAACCCUCAAUGAUGCUCAUAUGAGGUAUGCCACAACAGAGAAAGAGAUGCUGGCAAUUGUUUUUGCCUUUGAGAAGUUCAGGAGCUACUUGGUUGGGUCUAAAGUCAUUGUCUACACAGAUCAUGCUGCCUUGAGACACCUUUUGGCCAAGAAGGAUGCAAAACCUAGGCUUUUGAGGUGGAUCCUUUUGCUCCAAGAGUUUGAUAUGGAGAUCAAAGACAAACCCGGAGUUGAGAAUGGAGUAGCUGAUCAUUUGUCCAGGUUGAGGGUAGAGUCUGGUAUCCUUAUUGACGAAGGACUUCCUGAGGAGCAGAUCAUGGCUAUCGAAGCAGUGAUAGCAGUUUGUGAGACUGGUAGGAAACUGGAAGAAGUCAAAGCAACAGAGGAGAAAGAACCUUGAUAUGCUGAUUUGGUGAACUACCUAGCCACAGGAAGAGAACC